GAAGAACUUAAAUGCCUUCGAUUAUUGCAAAUGGUCGCUUAAUAACAAAUGCUCGUGCGCGUCUUGGCAGCGCGAGGAAUCAUCUAUCUGUCAAAAGUGUGCCGACCGGCUGUGUACAUUGACAAGCCGGUCGACGCGUGUUUAUUGAAAUUGUAGAGUGAUCGUACAUAACAAAACUCUCUCCUUCGAAUUGCUUCUAUUUUUCUUUUUCUCUCUCUCUCUCACUCUUUCUUUCUUUCUUCCCCUCUCUAUAUUCACUUGGUUGACUGUAUCUUCUCUCCCCCUCCAACUCACGUUGCUCGUCAGCUCGUCCCGCACGCGUGGUCGAGUUUAGUUAGCCGCGCGUACUCGAGGCAUUCGUCUUUCUUCAAGUUGUCUCGUUUCCUCACGACGUAAGCCAAACGAGAAGUGCGCACGUCGAUAAAUAAGGAAAUAAUAAAAGAGGGGAGAAAUUGACUUGUGGUAUUAUCGUUGUGAGUUUAAUUCGGCGUAUCACAUAUUCGUUUUUCGUUUGUUUAUUAUGUGAUUAAGUUACAAAAAACACAACUUAAGCCAAUUCGCAGUGCUUGAAAAAUCCUCAAAAAAAAAAAUUAUAAAAUUAGACAGCGAUAAGAAGAAGGAAGCGAAAAGACAGUAAGAAAGAAAAAAAGAAAGAAACGAUAACACAACAAGGAGGAAACCGGUGGUGUUGCGCUUCAAGUGGAAAAAUGCGAAGGGGACGAAGCGUCUCGUUACGCCGCCUCCUCGUCGUCGUGGCUUUGCUCUCUCUUUCUGCGGCGGUUUACGGUUUGCCAGGUAACGACACCAAACGAUCAAGGUCGUGCAUUUCUUCGGACGCGGAGGUAUCGUGCGGCAUUAAUCAAAGAUGCAUAGAGGAAAAGAAGAAUGACCAAAUAAAAGGGGUGUGUCAAUGCUUACAAGGUUACGAGUUCGCAGAUGAUGAUGAGUGCAGGCCUAGUGUAUCGCAGCCUACAGUCAAUACACCAACCGUUAGACCAGAUCAUAAAGAAGAAUCAGGGGGUAGUUCAGUAGCUGGGCUCUUGAUACCAACCUUUCUCAUAAUAAUCGCUGUCGCAUUAUACUUCGGCGCAAGACGGUACAGAUGGGUCCAACGAUUUCGACAAUACCGGCAAAAUUACGGCAACGUCCUAGUCACAAGAGAUGAUGAUGACGACGAUGAUCCUCCGAUAGCGUAAGAAGAGACGACAAAUGUUUGGAAAAUAAGAAAAAGAAGAGUAAGAAAGGAGAAUAUAUGUGUAAAAAGAAAAAAAAAAAGAACGAUCAAUCGAGACGCACCUGCUCGCAUAAUGAAAUAUAUAUAUCUAUCUAUUGAUCGACGAUCAGAAUAUUCAAGUAUUUCAGAAUUGAAUUUUCCGAUCGUCUCAACAAAGUAAAUAUCGUUUCUUUAUACGUACGUCUUGUAUGUUGCUCUCUUAAACGAAUUUUUCUCCGUAUAUUUUAUUAUACAUAAUGAGAAGAAGGAGAUUUUCGAUCGAGUAACAACGAUUGAACAUAGUAGGUGAAACAAAUCGAAAAGCCAAAUGUAAAGAAGUACUUGAACGAGUAACGAUUUUCGAUACUUUUGUUAACGUUAGUGGUACGUGCCUUUUCUCAUGGCUAAGUACACUGUUAAUGGCAUUUUUAAAAAUUCUUUUUAACUAGUGAAUACUCGUUUCUCAUUCAAGUGCAGCUAUAUCUAUAUUUAUAAAAA